AUGGCAGCACCCAAGGUUGCAGUGGUUGGUGCGGGAGUUAUCGGCCUGUCCACAGCGCUGUGCAUCGCAGAAACUUGCCCCAGCUGCUCCGUGACAGUCCUUUCGGACCAGUUCAGCCCCAACACAACGAGCGACGUUGCAGCUGGGAUGCUCAUCCCUCACACCUACCCAGGCACACCGAUCCAUGUGCAGAAGCAGUGGUUCAAAGAGACCUUCACUUACCUUUUUGCCAUCAGCAACUCAGCGGAGGCAUCAGAAGCUGGCAUUCACCUGGUCUCCGGGUGGCAGGUCUUUAAAACCACUCCCAAGGAAGAGUUACCUUUCUGGUCAGAUGUUGUCCUGGGAUUUCGACCGAUGUCUGAAGCAGAACUCCAAAAGUUUCCACAGCACCGAUUUGGUCAGGCCUUUACGACACUGAAAUGUGACUGUCCACCCUACCUGCUGUGGCUGGAGAAAAGGUUGAAAGCAACUGGUGUCCAGAUGUGCACCAGAAAAGUUGCAGACUUGUGGGAGCUGCACAGCGAAUAUAACGUCAUCGUCAACUGCACGGGCAUUGGAGCCCACCAGCUGGUGGGGGACGAGAAGCUCUUCCCCAUCAGGGGACAAGUACUCAAGGUUCAUGCUCCCUGGGUGAAAAACUUCAUCCGGGACGGGGAUGGCUUAACUUACAUCUACCCAGGGAUACACAGGGUAACCCUAGGGGGAACCAGGGAAAAGGAGAGCUGGAAUCUCUCCCCUGACCCUGGCAUGACCAAAGACAUCUUUGACAGAUGCUGCUCCCUUGAGCCCUCGCUGCGGGGAGCUCAGGAUAUUGAGGUGAAGGUGGGCCUGAGGCCAUCCAGGCAGUGCGUGAGACUGCAGAGAGAGGUCUUGAGCCGAGGAGGAGUUAAGCUCCUGGUGGUCCACAACUAUGGGCACGGGGCAGGGGGAUUUUCGGUACACAGGGGCACAGCCAAAGAGGCUGCUCACCUGGUGGGAGAGUGCCUUGCUGCCCUGCAAGGCUCCCCAUUGAGGGCCAAGCUUUGA